CGACGCGCCAAGUCACCAUUCGACGCAGGCUCCCUUGCCCGCCGUCCAUGCUUUGACUGCGCUGUAACUGGCCUUGCGUAUUCGUUCGUUCAGUCGCAUUGUAGUCCACAGAAUGUCUGCACCGGCGACUUCAGACCCUGUGAAUCAGAGCGGGUCUCCGUCGAAGGCGAAAAAGAAGAAGAACAAAAAGAAGGGUGGCAGUCAGGCACAGAAUGUCGACGAGGAUGUACAAGUCAACGGCAACCACGACCCGGCCGGGGCCGAACACGAUGACGAGCAAGACGAGCAGGCUAAGCCCGCCGUCGCGCAGACUGUCGACCGAGACGCAGACGAUGUCGACGACGAAGAGCAGCCGCUCUCCCCCACAAUAGCCCACUCCAAUGGCACGCACCAGCACAGCAUAUCCUCGGCGGUCGCCCUGGGGUUUUCGCGCUCGCGCUCGCCGCACAUGUCCCCGUCGCCGCCGUCAGAUUCCGAGACCACAGCGCGACUGGAUGCAAUAGCAAAGGAGCGAGAUGCACUGCGUCAGGAGGUCACUGAGUUGAGGAAGAGCCUGGAAAGCAUACAAAGCAAGCAUGAGGGCGAGACCACAGAAGGCGCGCAAUCCAAGCACGAAGACGAGGUGCAGGCGCUGCGAGAAGAGCUCGAGGAGGCGAACGAGGGCAAGGAGCACUUUGAGACACAGUACAACAACCUCCUGGGGCGGGUGAACACCAUCAAGACGAGUUUGGGCAAUCGCAUGAAGGCUGAUGCGGCCAAAAUCGAAGAGUACGAGUCACAGGUCGCGGAUCUACAAGAUCAAAACACAGAAUUGCAGGAGAAAAACAGUAGUCUCAGCGAGGAACUGGCGAAAUUGCGGCAGGAGAACGAAACGCAAGCGUCCGAGAUCAGCAGCUUGCGGAGCAGAUCGAAUCUGUCUCAGCAGAAUUGGGUGAAGGAACGCGACGAGCUCAUCUCCCGCGAAGCAUACGCGCGAGAAGAGUUUGAAAACGCGAAACAAGCUAUGCAAGAUUGGGAGGUCCUGGCCAUGAACGAGCGCUCCUUGCGCGAGAGCUUGUCCGAGAAGGAGGCAGAGUUGAAAGAACAGCUCGAGGGUCUCAAAGACGAGUACGAGCGCGCUGCAAGAGACCGAGACCAAAACAACCAGGCUGUCGAGGGACUGCAGAAAGCACUCCAAGAAGUACAGAACCUGCGCCGAUCAGAGCUCAAAAAAUCCGUCGAAACCUACGAAUCCCAAAUCUCCGACUUACGAAAGCAAGUCGCUGCCGCAGAAGACGCCUCAAAAGCAGCCUCCCAAUCCGCCGCCACGGCGCAGAAGGAACUCGCGCGCGCGCUCCCCUUCGAGAAGGAAGUCAAAGAGAAGAACCUGCUGAUCGGCAAGCUGCGUCACGAAGCAGUGACGCUGAACGAGCACCUCACCAAAGCACUGCGCAUACUGAAAAAGGGCCGGCCCGAGGAUAACGUCGACCGCCAGAUCAUCACAAAUUACUUCCUGCACUUCCUUGCGCUCGACCGUAGCGAUCCGAAGAAAUUCGAGGCCCUGCAGCUCAUCUCCAUGCUGCUGGGCUGGACAGACGAGCAAAAAGAACAGGCCGGCCUCGCACGCCCCGGGACAAGUUCCCGCCUCGGCAUCCCCGUCAGCCCGUUCCGCAGAACGCCCAGCACGCCCAGCCUCGCCUCCAUGUCCGAUCCCAUGCUGAUGGCUAGCAGCUCGAGCAACAAGGAGAGCCUGGCGGAGCUGUGGCAGGAUUUCCUCGAGCGCGAGGCGGCCGAGGGCGGGGAGCGGAGUCGGAGGCCGAGUGCGGUGAGUCCGCCGCCGGCAAGGACGACGAGUGCAUCGGGCGCCAGUGGACUGGGGAUUGGGGAGAGGUAGAGAGUGUACUAGCAAAGGCGGUUCAACAAUCUCCGCGCCAGACGAAAGAUCUGACAACUCACAAAUGACAGCUAGAUAUAAUUACCACACCUUCAUUCCGCGCACAAUGCCAUUACGCCGAUCCUCGCAUUGAUCCACACAACGUCACUGCACUCCUCCCCAAAGCCGCUCCUUUGUCCCGCACCCUUUGCGCAGCGCCGUAUAAGACCCCAACUACAAGGCCCCACACCCACCCGUCAGAGAAGAACGCACCACCGGAUUCCCCCAAGCUAAAUCCCAC